AUGUGUCUGGCCAGCCCUCCCCUUCAUUGUCCCCCAUCCAGUCCUCCCCCACGAAGUUGGGGUGUGGGUGAGCUGUAAAUCACAACGCUUCGCAGCAGUCAGACGCGGAUGCAAAGCACCGGACUGCACAUCAUUUCUUUCUUCCCCAUCCUAUGGCGAGGUUGCUGGAAGUCCAAAUGAGGAUCCGAGCUCCUCUGGGGGGCACGGUCAUGUAGCCAGGGGCUGCAUGCGGAGGCUCCGGGCUGCCUGCAACGGCGCGGGCUCCUCCUCGCUGCCCCGACUUCCCCGGCGUCCCGGUGGCUGUCUCAUGCGAAACCCAGCGGCCCAUUUGCGAAGCUCGAGCCCCACACAGUCCAAUGAUUAUUGCUCUUGCACCAGACCCCAGCCACAGGGCAUGGAUAUAUCUGAACUGGAGCUGGUUCAGAUAAUACUUAUCCUGCUGGCGAUGAGCGUCAUGGUGGCCGUCGUCGUGUGCCUUCUCAUGCACUACCGCCUCGUCGCCCUAUCACUCCUCGGCCGGCUGGGCCACGCGCGGGAAGUCCCGACGGCGGAGGUCCGACGGGACGCGAGUGGGUGGCCGGAUGGUGUGCUGAGUCAACAUGGACAAGGCCAGAGCCACACCGCACCAGUCUUGGUGCAGCACCACCACCACCUGUGUCGCCUGCAGCCCACCUACCCCUACAUGCCGCAGGAGACCGUCAACCUGCCCCCCAUGAUCUGCUUGCCCAGCGAGGAGGAAAAGGCACCCCGCUACUUUCGGCAACAUCCGGAGCUGAAGCGCUCCUGCAUUCGGGCGCCGCCUAACCGCAAUGUCCUUAUAGACAAUUAUGUGCACAACGCCGGACCACGGGUGGCCAAACAGGAGUCUGGAAGCGGCGGCGAGAGGUCCGAGAGCCCCCCGCCCUCCUACAGUGUGACUAUAGAGGACCCCUAUUGUAAAAGUACUCCCCCAGGUCCAAAAAGGUUACAGACACAUUGGAGCCCCACUGAAAACACGACCUCCACUGAGGCUGUCCCUCAUAACUCCUCAGUCACUUGAGAGACGCAACCAAACUUUUCCUUUGUGAUAUUUAAAUGCUAUCAAAUGUUUUUUAUGCGGUGCUAAAAAAAAUCUCUUGUGUUUUUGUCUAUUUUUGUAAGCUUUUCCAUGUCUUUCUGCUCUACAUUUGGACUCAGUGCCCUGAUAAACGUUAGUCCUAACUCACAGAAUGUACUGGGCUUUGUAAUGCAAAAAAAAAGCUAGCUGAAGUUGCACAGAGAAUGCUUCUGCUUUUUGAUGAUUUUUCAAGCUGCUAAAGCUUUUUGCUUGCGUCGGAGAGCGUAUAUGUAGACAUUUCUUUUAUCACAUUAUAGACCCAGAGGCAAGUUUCUGUUUUCGUUUCAUACUCACGGCGACAUUGAUGUCACCACCUCAAGCACUUUUGCCUCUGAAUCGACAAAACACGGGAAGGAGGACGACGCAUCCUCCAUAUAAGCCAUGCACAGCAAUAUACUCUUGUCGGUGCAAUUGACUUGAGUUUAAGCUACAAGUAUAGACGCUGAAUUUUGAGAGAAAAAAAUAUCCUUGUCGUUUACAUUUUCAUGUUAUUUAACAAAGAUUUUGUAUUUAUAAGGUGUAGCAGUUUACAAUAAAAGGCUGAAAGUGA